CAUGCGCAUCGCCGCUCCCCCUUCACAGAGGCGUCAGCGAUGGGUGGCGAGGAGGAGUUUGGCCCCUCGGCCCUGGGGACCAAGGAACAUGUUUUUUCUUCAUCUACAGUUGGGAUGCAGCCUAUGAACGAGAACUGAAAUUUUUUAAAGAAAGUGGUGAUGCUGGUGAAAUCUGGUUUGGCGAAGAGAGCAUGGCUCGUUUAAUUAGAUGGCUAGAGAAACAAAAGAUACCCCUGGGCUGCUCUGUGCUCGACAUUGGAAUGGGAAACGGAGUUUUGCUUGUUGAAUUGGCCAAAUCUGGUUAUACCAAUCUUACAGGAAUUGAUUACUGUCCAUCUGCUGUGGAACUUUCAAAAAGCAUAAUGGAAAAGGAAGGGCUGCCAUAUAUCAAGUUGCAGGUUGAAGACAUCUUAAAUCCCUCAGAUGAACUAUCAGGUUUUGAUGUUUGCAUUGAUAAAGGAACCUUUGAUGCCAUCAGUCUGAACCCAGACAAAGCAGCCGAGAAAAGGAAACAGUACGUGAAAUCCCUGCACAAAGUGCUGAGACCAGGAGGCUUUUUCCUCAUAACUUCUUGUAACUGGACCAAAGAGGAACUAAGUAAUGAAUUCAAAGAAGGAUUUCUUUUUCUGGAAGAGUUGCCAACACCCACAUUCUGCUUUGGAGGAAGAACUGGAAGCAGUGUAACUGCUUUGGUUUUCAAACAUAGAACAUAAGAGUUUAUGUUUUGGAUGUGAGUUUUAUACAGAAGAUCCUGAAUUCCGGAUUUCAUGGACAAGUGAAAAACAGCAGGACCAUAAAUUAGAAGAAGUAGUUCUGUGAAAUUUACAGAUCGACAAAUGUUUUGUUUUAUUUGAAGCAAUCCUUUCAAGAUUAUUGAAUGAAUGUACCUUAAUUUUUUAAGGAAUACAAUUGAUCUUUUGUGUAAA